AUUUACUGAUCUAAUUGUCAAAAACGUAGUGCUAUUAUUUAAGAAUAAUACGAUUUAAAUAUAUUCUCAGAUAAGUACGAAAGCUGAUGGUGAAAAUUACAGGCAAAUGCUUGGAUGCCAGCAAGGGGUCCAUUGUGGCGACGGAGCGACGGAAGUCAGCUUGUUUGCGCGAAAGGAGGAAGCGUGUUGGAGGAGAGCGAUUGAAGUUUUUUUCUGUUUCUUCUGAAAACAACGUACAAUGGAUGAUGAGGAGGAGACAUACAGAUUAUGGAAAAUCAGGAAAACUAUCAUGCAGCUGUGUCAUGACCGGGGUUACCUGGUGACCCAGGACGAGCUGGAUCAGACCCUGGAGGAGUUCAAGAGCCAGUUCGGGGACAAGCCCAGCGAAGGCCGCCCCCGCCGGACGGACCUCACCGUGCUGGUGGCUCACAACGAUGACCCCACUGACCAGAUGUUCGUCUUUUUCCCAGAGGAGCCCAAAGUUGGCAUCAAGACUAUUAAGAUGUACUGUCAGCGCAUGCAGGAGGAGAACAUCACACGAGCAAUCAUCGUGGUGCAAAUGGGCAUGACACCCUCUGCCAAACAGUCACUGGUAGACAUGGCCCCCAAGUACAUCCUGGAGCAGUUUCUCCAGCAGGAGCUGCUCAUCAACAUCACAGAACACGAGCUGGUUCCAGAGCACAUAGUGAUGACUAAAGAAGAGGUAACGGAGCUGCUGGCUCGAUAUACGCUUGCCUCUUUCUACAGUAUGUUGCACAGUAUCCAGUGUAAAAAGUCAAGUCUUUUUUGUUCCCUGCUUGUGUAUCAGGUCGUGAAGAUUAUUCGUCCCAGCGAGACCGCAGGAAGAUACAUCACCUACAGGCUGGUACAGUAGAGGCACCUAGGGCACGGUGCACCUGUCAUCACCUCCCUGCUGUGAUAGCUGCCCAGAUGCCCAUCUGGCCACACCCCCUUCAGUCUAGACCUCAGCCAUUUCAGUUAGUUAUAUAGCUGAAUACUGCAUCACUGCAAUGUGUAUCGUAAGGCUUGGUGGUUCUGAGCCCCUUUUGAUUUUCAUGGUCUUGUGUAUUGUCAUUGUUUUUAUAAAAAAAUAUUAAAACUUAUUGAUUGCUUCUUUCAAAACCUUA